UUUGAAAACUUGAACUUUGAUUUUGAAGCAGAAAAAUCAAGAGAGAGAGAGUACACAACCGAGUUAUUUUAUCACCAGUCUUUCAGCUGAUAAUGACACGCAAUGGAGACGAGAUUCUCAAAAUUCGAUGGGGACACAAAAAAGGAGUAUUGGUUGGAGCCGACUGCUGCAGCUCUGGCCAAACUAGAGGAAAUCCAGUCUUCGGUAGAACGCAUGAAGCCAGCCAGUUCCUUCAAUGUUCAGUCGGUGUGGCAUCCUGCCAGUUCAACACCCCCUCCGGCUGCUCAAGCUGCUCCAAUGAGCUCCAAGCCAUCACCGUACACCGAGCUUGAGACAGAACCUCCACUUUCCACAGUCAGCAUCCAGAAAACAGCUUGGGGUAGCAAUAACUCCAUUCCGGAUCUUAUCAAGGCUCAGGGGGAGAGACAGAAACAGAAAGGCGCCCCCAGGAGGCCAUGGAGUGGAAGGAAAGUGCCUCAAAGCCCCACCCUCCAGAGAAGGGGGGCCCCUGCUGGGGGUGGGGAUGACUCAAAUAGGGAUACUUCAGGAGCUUUUAUAGCAGUGAAAGGAGCUAAGUCUGUCAUGUACGAUGCCAGCUCCAGACCUCCUAGUGGCCGCUCCCACCAAUCUUCAUCCUCAUCGUCAACCACAGUCCCACAUGUUUCACCUCAGGAUGUGUUUGAUAUGAUGGAAGCAGCAAACACUAUAAAACCUAAACAUGGGGAGAGUGGUAUGCAGGGAGAGGAUAAUGCGUUGGAGGAAUUCUUACGAAAUCAGCCAAAUGGACAUAAGCAUGAAUUAUCCAAGUUAUCAGCAGCCUAUGCCGAUGAAAGGAACAUUACCCCUCCUCCACCCCCUCCCUGUGCCUCUCCCGAUCUCGAGAAACUCAUCAACGGGGGCCUAGACGAGGAGGACAACUUCUAUGCUGAUGUGGAUGAAGAUGAAGAUAGCGCGCCGGUCAAAGUUGACAUAGAGAAGGAGAGAGAAAGGGAAGAGUUAUACAUUAAGCAGCCUACCCAUGUCCCUCCGCCCUUGCUGCGCAGACCUACCCCCGAGCCGUUGAAACUGUCCAUGACUAUACCUGAUGCUGAAGGGGAAGAGGAAUAUUCCACUGAUGAAGAUAGAUCAUCAGGUGCACCAUCUCCUCAGCUCUCUCCUGACAUUGAGGUCCAGAGUGUUACAAGCGAUGUAUCCACCCAACUAACGGCUCAAUACAUUACCUCUCAACAGAAUAGUCCAGUCCACACCCACCCUGUCACACCACAGGGACUGGAUUCUACCAUUACCCCAAAUAGGGUAGAUGAAUUUUAUAGUGAAGAGGUAGAUGUGGAUGUGCGUUCAUCUCGGAAAGGGAAACAGUCAGUGAAAUUUGUUGAAGAGAGGAACGUGACUUUUGAUAUCACACCUAGAGAUUGUGCAUCUUCUCAUAAACCUAGUCCCCCUUCUGUUAGUAAGGUCCAGAGACCACGGAGUGCUUUAAAGAAUACAGGUACCCGUAAGUCUAUUGUACAGAAAAAGAGACCUUCAUCUGCUGGUUCCAAAGGCAGCCAAGAAUCGGCAAACGAAAACUCAUAUUCUUUAAGGCGCUCGGAUCAUGGCUUUGGUGAAGAUCAUUCAAACAGAGAGCGCAUGGACGCACUAAACGUUACAAAUGAUGACAUAUUGGAUGCAAUAAACAAUAAUGGAAUAAGCCAGUUGCUUGAUAAUUUGAGCAAAUCGAGGAACAAACAAGAGGUAGAAACCAUGAUGUCAAAAUUGAGUGUCUCUGAAGCCCAGGAGGUGACUGGUGACUCGACCAAAGCAACGCGAGAAGUGCCACAGUCAGACAUUGUCCGAACUGUCCAGGUGUCCUCAUCGUCCUCAAAGACAAACUACUAUGAGAAGGCGAUACAGGCCAAGAAGAAGAGCAUGUACCAUCGGCAGAAUACACCCACCAGGACACUGACAACCAAGGUGAUUGAGUUUGGUGAUGAAGGGGUAUCCAUGGAAACCAAGGAAGUGUCUUACUUCCAAACACCGCCCUCACAGGUCAAAGUAUCGAGGCCUACAUCGUCCAGAGGUCCUCGCAGAGGAUGGGAAGAACCCGGUGGAUCAGAGGGUACCCACGUGAACAGGCCAACCAUGGAAAAGAAAUCUUUUAUUGAGCAGCAGAUUGCAAGGCCAACAUCACGGUUAGGAUCGUAUCAAGAUUUAGAUGACCCUGAUCCCCAAGAAUUAAACAAGACAUCCUCUGCAUUCGCAGCCUCACAGAGAGCCAGACCAAAGUCCGCUGUCUUCAAAGCUAAAGCUGAAGUGAGCCCUCACAAUUGCGCUAGAGGAAAGAGUCCAAACAGGGUUAAACCUCGUCCUCACUCUUCUUUUGUCAACUCAGACCCACCAAAGAAGCCUAUGAGACGAAGCUCAUCCCCAUCAGCACAGAUGUACAGCAAUUCUAACAAGGCUCUUGUUCCUACUGUCAGGAAAAGCAAAGCUGAAAUCCAGAGGAAUCGUGAGGCAGUAAGGGCACUGAAAGAUGGGUCUUUGAAGAAGACUAAGACAUAUGGAAAGCAAAUUGUAGCAGUGGAUGACAGGAUGCCUGUAGGCAGGACAUUGGCAGGAAAGGGACAGCAGAAUGAUGGCAAAGGAUCAGAUAGUGACAGUAUUGAUGAGUAUCCUAAGAGUAUGAGAGAGGAAGAAGUAUUUAAUUUACAUCGACACCUAACCAAAAGUGGAGUCAAGGUCACCUAUAAAGCAUUGAAAAAGGGUCUUGUUGCUCCAGAUGAGAAGAGUAUCAAUGAUUGCCUAGAGCAGUUGCCGAGCAAUGUCUCGCUCAAUUUGCUGAGUAAGCCCGAAGCCUGGCUUGGAGAAACGUAUAGGAAUUAUCAGAUAGCUGAGAAUGCAUUAAGGAGGGCAGAGACUCAGAUUGCCAUCCAAGAGGAGAGGGCUCGCAUGGAGGCUGAGAAACUAGAACAGUCCAUGAAGAAAGGCAAUGGCAAGAAGAAGAAAAAGAAGAAAGGGGGUAAGAUGAGGACCAAGUCCUCGGGCUCCACCAGAUCCACGUUAUCCUCGGCCAAGUCUCCCAGCUCUGCCAUCUCGCCAAGGUCAAAGGUCGCAGAGGGUGACAGGCCGAUAUCGGCAAUAUCUGCUUUGGGACUUGAUCCUGGUGAAAUUCUGAAUGGUGCUCUGUGAGUAUUUUGAUAGAAAGUAAUAGUGCGACAGUCCCAUUGCCAUUAAAGACAAUGAUACACCCGCAUAAGCAAUAAAAGUGUUUGAAUUAUGUAGUGAGUGAAAUUCUCAGACUCUUGAGGAAUAGUAGGUGCGUAAAAUAGGCAGACAAGUUUCAGUAAGUUAUAUUGUUAUUAUUGGAUUGAAGCACUUGUUAGUUGGCUGCAUCACUGACACUACCCACCUCAUCAUGCUUUCUUUGUCUAAUUACAUACCAUCAUCAUCCUUUUGAUCCAUGUACAUGUAUAAUCAUUAGUAACUGACAUUUGGGCUAAUUGAUGUGUGGGCUAGUCAUGACUUGGUCUACUGUCCAAUUUAUUACAGCUGAAAUGAAAAUUAAUCCAAGUACAUUGAAAAUUAAUCCAAGUACAAUGAAAUUAAUUCAAGUACAUUUAAAAUUAAUUCAGGUACAUUGAAAAUUAAUCCAAGUACGUUGAAAAUAUUCAAGCACAUUGAAAAUUAAUUCAAGUACAUUGAAAAUUAAUCCAAGUACAUUGAAGAAUAAUCCAAGUACAUUGAAAAUUAAUCCAAGUACAUUGAAGAAUAAUCCAAGUACAUUGAAAAUUAAUCCAAGUACAUUGAAAAUUAAUCCAAGUACAUUGGAGAUUAAUCCAAGUACAUUGAAAAUUAAUUCAAGUACAUUGAAUUAAACAGGAUGAGCAGAACUAGUUAUUAGAAAAAUAUUACAAGAUGGGACAUGACAAAUUGGGGUUCGUUUCUUAAAGCCUUAAAGUUAGGGUAACUUUUCCAUAAACCACCAUGAUAACCUUGCUUGCGAUAGCAUGCUGAUUCCUUGCUACCAUGGUAAUUAUUUCCAUGAUUGAUUUAAAUUCCGUUAUGACACAGGCUCCUAGUUGUAGAUGAAUUUUAAUCAUGUGAAGUUUAAACUUGAUAAUUGAGCCCAAUGAGAAUUAACCAAAUACUAAAUAUAAUAAUUAUACUUGCUUAUAUAGUGCCUAAUACUUACUUUGUCAGAAGUCUCUAAGCACUCUACAGUAUAUGCAGCAUAAUUACCCUGGCUUCAGCAGUGCAGCUGUUACGCGCGCUGCGUUUCAAGGAAUAAAUUCCUGCCAGGUACCCAUAUACCUCACCUGGGUUGAGUGCAGCACAUUGUGGAUAUGAAUAUGGAUGAUAAUGGCCUUUAAUCAUCCAAAUGAAAGGAUAUUAAAGCAGGUGGAGUAGUUAUGGUGGAUGAAAUCAGGGGAUGAAAGUGAAUCUUAGGCAAAAUUUAUAUCUUGCCACAGUGUUACAGUAUGGAUACACUGCCACCAGUGCUUUGAAAUCCAAACCAAAACUGAAAAUAUUAAACAACAACAACAGUAAAUCAUUGCGAUACAAGUAAGUAGCAAAGAACAAAAGUAAAUAAUUCCAGGAUAAUAUUCAUAAUACAUGCACUACUUUUAAUGGAACAUUAGUAACACCCAUGAGAAUAGAUGGAAAUGAAACGUGGUGACCUACUAAGAAGCUUAGCUUGUGGGCCAUAGGCCACCAGAAAGUAAUAAACUUACAUAAGCAAUCAUUUAAAACAUUAUAAAACAAGCAAACAAAAAAUUGGAGUAAAUAACCAAAGUAAAGAUAUACAUAUUUACAAAAGAUACACUAAAUAGUAACAAAAAUGUGAAAUGCAGAAUGCCAACAAAUUCUAUCAGACCUAAAGUAUAAUAAUCUGAAAUUCGAAAAGAGGAAAAAAUAAAGAAAAUAAGCAGAGCUCUAUUUUUGCAUAGAUAAUUGUGGGAAGAAUACAAUUUAUAAAGUUAGACAAGAUAUCACCAUAGGCAUUCAUUUUCUUCAGUAAAUCGAUCUUUAACUUGUUCCUAAAAACACUAAACACUAUAAGUCUGCCUGCGUGACUUUUGGCUGAUUAUAUGGGUCAUACUUGUUUUCAUUUGUCAAAGGAUUUAAUUGGUUGCCCCUUUGACGAUGUUGUGACAUAUUAUAUGACAUUGAAUUUUGUCCACAAAUAUGAUGUAGGGCUUAAAGCUUUGUCGCACAUGUCUGGAUGAGCUUUAAUUCUUAUACUUGCUGCAUCAGCAGUCGUUCCACCUGCAAGAAAGUUUCAAAGAUUAAUUUAAAACAAAAUUGAAAUUCAUUCUCUUGAGAGCAUUUCAUACGUACAUCCUUGUGAUUAACCAUAGCUGAAAUCGGUUUAUAGUGGCCUUAUUAAUUCCUGAAAUAUAUAUAAGUGAGGGGUUUAAUUUGCAAUUGCCGUGGCUUUUGAAAGAGUUUUUGAAUUAUUAAAAUGGUGGAGGAAAUUCAAUGGGGUUUUUAUUCAGAUUUCAGUCAAGGUUUUAUUAUAAGAUGAAAUUUGUAUAUCACAUAGGCUUUAAUAUACAUGUAUGACUCGUCUGAAUAUGAUGUGGAUUUAAUCUUAUACAGUGAUUAUCAAUAGCAAUAUUUUGUGUGAUUUUAUUAAAAUUUAAUUAGUGUGUGCUAAUUUUGAAAAUCCAUCCAGAUUUUUAUUAUCAUGUUUUUCACCUUGAAGAUGCUUUAUUACUGAAAUAAAUGUUUUGUGUCAAAAAUUACUAUGCAAAUUUGAAGAUACCAUAAGUGUAUCAUAUCUGUUAGAAUACAAUGUAUUUUUUUAGAAGAAUUAGUGCUUUCAGAUUUUCAAUGGAAACUCCUAUUGUUGAAGUUCCAUCUUACGUUGUACUGUGAGUUCACUUUAUUUUGCUGUGGAAAUAUAUUGAAAAAACAUUCCACUGCGAAGUUUGCUCUUUGGUUGCCUUUAGCUUUCGAAAUUUAUUACACAGGCACACAAAAAACACAGGUGAAAUUAGGAUAAUCAGUGUGUGAUACAUUUUCAUUAUUUUAUUAAUCAUAAAAUACAGCCUAAAAUUACAGAUAACUUUGCCUCAGUCAACUCUUUUGGUACCGCAGGAAUUUGUUCAACCUACCAUGAAGGAGAAAUUCUACCAAGAAAAUGAAUAUUGAUAUUAAAUACUGAACAAUGUCUUGCUUUAAUCUGAUCUAAAAAAAAAUUGACUUGGGCAAAUAUUCAACCAAUAGAAGUUUGACUUAUGCAAGGUUAUCUGUAUGACCAAAAGUCAACAAUAGCUGAAGUGUUAGGAUAAUUAGUGCAUAAUUUAUUCAUUUGAUUUCAAACACGCAAGCUAAAGCUUAAAAUUAUGUGAUUAGCUUGUAGAGAUAUUCAUUUAUAUUAAGAUAUUAUGAUUCAUAAACUUGUUGAUCUCGACUUUGUUUUGACUGCAUAAAAAGUGAACGAGAAAUUCCCAUAUAAUUCUAAUUGAAUAGAAGUGAAGAGUAACAUCUAAUGGCUUACAUGUAUGUUUUAGAAAUUAAUUAUAUUCUUUAAAUUAUAAUUAUGUUUAUUUGCUUGUAUUAUAUCAUCAAAUCAUGUGCAAAUCUUUUUUGUAUGAUAAUAAAUGUGAUCUAUAAGACUA